GCUCGGAUAUUCUCUCUCUCCUCUUCCGAAUAUUCCUCUCCUCUCCUUUCCCUUUUAUUUCCCUUCUCCCUCUCUACUCCUUUUACCGUCGUAUCCCGUUUUCGUUUCCUUCGUAUCUCAACAGCGUCUGACUUUUCGAUUUUGAGGGGAGAUGAAGUUUGGGAAGAGUCUGAGCAAUCAGAUCGAGGAGACGCUCCCUGAAUGGAGGGAUAAGUUCCUGUCGUACAAGGAAUUGAAGAAGAAGUUGAAACUCAUCGAUCCAAAGGGAGGGGAGAGGAAUAAACGGCCCAGAUUGGCCGAUGAUUGUACGGAGGGGAGAGGGUAUGUGAUGUCGAGUGAGGAGGUGGAUUUCAUCAAGCUGUUGGAGGCCGAGCUCGAGAAAUUCAACGCCUUCUUCGUCGAGAAGGAGGAAGAGUAUAUAAUCAGACAGAAGGAACUGCAAGAUCGAGUAGCAAAGGCAAUAGAGUCCAAUGAAGAGCUGAUGAAGGUGAGGAAGGAGAUCGUUGAUUUCCAUGGGGAGAUGGUUCUCUUAGAGAAUUAUAGUGCACUCAACUACACAGGCCUAGUGAAAAUAUUAAAGAAGUACGACAAGAGAACGGGGGCUCUCAUCCGUUUGCCCUUCAUCCAAAGGGUCUUGCGACAGCCCUUCUUCACCACUGAUUUGCUUUACAAGUUCGUGAAAGAGUGUGAGUUGAUGCUCGACCACCUUUUCCCCUCGAGCGAGGCCACUGUCUCGAGGGACGGAGACGCGGGUCCUGAAGAAAACCCAACGACCAAGAAAGAUGGGUUGUUUAGGGAGGCAAAGGAAUUGGCGGAGAGAGAGUAUAUGGAGAGCUUGUACAUGAAGAGCACAGUAUCUGCAUUGCGGGUUUUGAAGGAGAUAAGGAGUGGGAGUUCGACUGUCAGCGUCUUCUCAUUGCCGCCAUUGCAGGGUAAUGGACUCGAAGAGAGUUGGAUUAAAAUUCCUGUGUUAGAACAGGUUGCAAAGUAGUUAUAAGAGUCAUAAGAAGAAGAGGAAGCUGUUUUCUUUUCUUCUUUUGCUUUUUCAUCCUGCUUGGGUGAGCUAAAAUUCCCUCGGGGGCAUCAUUACUCAAGCAUUUUUUUUUUUCCCUUUUUCUUACACGUUUACUUGUAUUAGAUUCUAACAGAGAUGUAAAAUGUCUAAAUUUGAAAUAUAGGUUGAUGAUUAUAGUGCUCUACGACAA